AUGUUGCUGAUGAGACGCUGGUCCAGUCUGGGACCUCAAAAACAGCUGGAAUCUGGAACUGAGCCUAGAAAAUAGUCGAAGACAAAACCUGGGUAUUAGCUAACUGAGCUAAAAGGUUGCUUCUCACUAGGGUGUCAAGAAUAAUGCUGACUGAAGAUGGAUGCUCCUGAGUACUUGGAUUUGGAUGAGAUUGACUUCACUGAUGAUUCAGUGUAUUCUGUGACAUCCUUGAAGAACAUUCCAGAGCUGUCCAGAAGAAACGAUGGUCAGGGAGAAGAAAGACAAGCCCCAGCCAUCAACUGGAGCCGUGGUGUGUCGUCACAUAGUGGCGGUGGAAUCAAGCCGACCGGCAUCGCCGACGUCCACAGCAAAUUCCGGCCUGUGAAGAGGGUCUCGCCACUCAAACAUCAACCGGAGACCUCUGACAACGAGAGUGACAACGAGGCUCAGGCUCACAAUGGGGAAGGCAGCAGCAAAGAAGAAGCCUCAGACAAAACAGCUGCAGCCUGCGAAGGCCAGGGAUUUAAAGCCAAGAGCCUGGGAACCGGAGGAGCUCUUUUUGGGGAGCUGGAGCACUACGACCUGGACAUGGAUGAGAUACUGGACGUGCCUUACAUUAAAUCCAGCCAACAUGUCUCUACUCUUCCCAGAGUUCCCCAUGACAAAAGGACGGUGGGUGGCGGUGGCAACGCCAGUGACAGGUGCCAUGGCGUUAAGACCUCCACACUUACCCACCCUGAGAGCCUUGCAAGUGUCACCCAGUACUGUAUGCUUUCGCCCGUCAAAUGGUCUGAUAUGAGGAAGUUGAAAUCUCUGGACCCGGACAAUCACCGGCCACCCGCUGGGGGCUAUGACCACUCCACACCAGGAUCACUUAGCAGUUCCUCUGCCUCAGACAUGGAUAAACUUUUAGCCAACAGGGCCUACCCAGAGACACAGGCACACAAGACAGGGGCUGACACCCCUGGGAGCAGCCAGGCUUUGAUGUUCCCCCUCCAGGGCUGUGCUGGGUCUAGGCAGGACAGCAGUAAGACCUGGAACGGUACAAGACUGCACGGAGAGUGUGAUGACGAGACCAAGAAAUCCCAGAACAUCAUCAAUAUCAUCCGAGAGGGGCAGAUCUCUCUGUUGCCUCACCUGGCCGCUGAUAACCUGGAGCUGAUCCAGGACGAGGAGGGGAACAACCUGCUCCACAUCUCUGCGUCCCAGGGCCACGCUGACUGCCUGCAGCACCUCACCUCCCUCAUGGGAGAGGACUGCCUCAACGAGCGCAACAACCACCAGCUUACACCUGCUGGGCUCGGGGUGAAGAAUGGCCAUUUGGAGUGUGUGCGCUGGAUGGUGAGUGAGACGGAGGCCAUCGCCGAGCUAAGCUGUAGCCGAGAGCACCCCAGUCUCAUCCACUACGCAGCCCGCUACGGACAGGAAAAGGUUCUGCUGUGGCUGCUCCAAUUCAUGCAAGAGCAAGCCAUUUCUCUGGACGAAGUGGACCAGUACGGAAACAGUGCAGUGCAUGUAGCUGCUCAGUACGGCCAUCUCACUUGCAUUCAGACCCUGGUGGAGUACGGCUCCAACGUCACCGUGCAGAACCAGGGCGGCGAGAGGCCUUCCCAGAGCGCCGAACGGCAGGGCCACACCACCUGCGCCCGCUACCUGGUGGUGGUGGAGACGUGCAUGUCGCUGGCCUCCCAGGUGGUCAAGCUCACCAAGCAGCUCAACGAACAAGCAACAAAGACGAAUGCUCUACAGAAUCAAGUUCAGCUACACCUGGAUCCCUUAAAAGCAGAGGGAACUUUGCCACGAUCGCCCAGCUCCCAUGUCCCGUCUGUGGAGGCGUGGCCUGAGAUGACCCUGACCGCAGAGGGGACCCCCGGGGAUGGCCACUGGAUCCUGAGGCAGAGGAGCGUCGACUCAGACACUGUCCUGCGCCAACUACUGGGUAAAGACAUCUCAGACAAGGUGUGCACCAAGGAGAAGCUGUCCCUGGAGUUCCAGGAGGGCUCCAAAGCGGGGCCUCCUAGUCUGAACGGGGCCAACCCUGGGCCCCUGCGCAGGAUGGGGGUGGUGGAAAGACGGGAGCUGAAGCUGGCCAGACUCAAGCAGAUCAUGCAGCGCUCUCUCAGCGAGUCUGACUCGGACACCUACCCCCCUGAAGAGGCCAAACAUGGCCCCCCCCCAGGGGUGCGCCUAGAGAGACCCAGCCACCUGCCCAUUGCAGAGAGCGAGGAACCUGUCGGCAGCCUGCAUCUGGGCAUGAAGAAGCACACCUCGACCACCGAGCACAAGUCAGCUUUCGCCCUCAGCACCUCCAAGUCCAUGGAUGGAUACCCCUCGCCCACAUCGGACAAAAGCGAGCUUGACGCUGACGGGAAACCGGAGGCCGGUGGAGAUUUCCCCGACUACAACAAUGGACAAAAGAUCACGACGAGCCCCAAAAGUGCACUCAAAUCGCCUACCUCUCGAAGGAAGACCUCCCAGAACCUGAAACUGAGGGUGACCUUUGAUGAGCAGGUGGUUCACAAGACGGGGCCACCAGAGAGUGAGCCGCCCAAGGGUGCCCACAGUAAAGAAGGAGCCGGAGGUAGGACUCCCACAGGGUCUGAGACGGUGAAGCGCCCGUUCGGGACAUUCCGCUCCCUAAUGGAAUCACUGAGUGGAAAUCAGAACAGCAACAAUAAUAAUGUCCAAACCUCUCCCUCUGUCAAACAGUCAAGCUGUGGUGUGUCCCAGGGCUCGCCUGGCAGGAAAACUGAGGUUAAAACCAGUCCAUGUGGGCACUCCAAGGGCAAGAGCAAAGCUAGUGCUGUUUAGGGGCCUUUUUUUUUUUUUUUUAAAGGACACAAUAAAAAGCAUUGUACUUUCUCUCACAGUAUUUGAUCAACUUGACAAUUUAUCUGUAACUGAAGUGUCCUCUGAAGUAUCCAAUACAAUUGUAUUAGAGUAUGUAUACUUAUGCACACACAGUUAUACCAUUGGAAAAACAACCUGUGGUUUUUCUCAUGCACUUAAUGUGCACUAGCACAAAGCAUAUACACUGAAUUAAAAAUAUAAACGCAGCAUGCAACAAUUUCAAAGAUUUUACUGAGUUACUGUUCUUAUAAGGAAAUCACUCAAUUGAAAUGAAUUCAUUUGGCACUAAUCUAUGAAUUUCACAUGACUGGGAAUAGAGCUAUGCAUCUGUUGGUCACGGAUACCUUAAAAAAAAGGGUAGGGGCGUGGAUCUGGUUUAACCACAAUUUGCCUCAUGCAGUGUGACAUCUCCUUCACAUAGAGUUGCUCAGGCAGUUGAUUGUAGCCUGUGGAAUGUUGUCCAACUCCUCUUCAAUGGCUGUGCUAAGUUGCUGGAAAUUGGCGGGACAUGGAACAUGCUGUCGAUCCAGUGCAUCCGAAACAUGCUAAAUGAGUGACAUGUCUGGUGAGUAUGCAGACUAUGGAAGAACUGGGACAGCUUCCAGGAAUUGUGUACAGAUCCUUGCGACAUGGGGCUGUUCAUUAUCAUGCUGAAACAUGAGGUGAUGGCAGUGGAUGAAUGGCACGACAAUGGGCCUUUUUGUGCAUGUGGAACAUUUCUGGGAUCUUUUAUUUCAGCUGAUGAAACAUGAGACCAACACUACAUUUUGCGUUUAUAUUUUAGUUCAGUGUAUUUGCAACCACUGUAUAUAUUUAAAGCUUCCUUCACAUCACUUCUAGUCAUUCGUAGUUUCAUUAUCUAUGCAGUGGUUGGUUAUUGCCAAUAUUUGAGUUCCUGUCUGUAUCAGUGACAUGUAUUGAUGAGAGGUUUGAAUGCAGUGAUUCAAUAUAACCACACUUCGAGAAUGAGGACACGUGUCCUUUUCUAAUUAUGAUAGCAUUGUUAGGGCUCUGGUGGAAUAUAAAUGGUUGAUCAUGUUUUUUGUUCUUAUCUUUGGUGUAACACAUAUUUGACAAAAUGUCAAACGAUGAAUUUGACACUUCCUUCAGUACAAAUGCAAUAGUUGCUCUAGUCUAUGUGCGGUGUUAAACCUAAAGUGUAUUUUACAUUUUGUAAAAGAGUUGUUAGGUUUUGUAUGCACAAAGACGGAAUUAACCAAAUGUUGAUGAUGCUUUGCACCCUCCCACUAGUUACGACAAACUCCGAGCUGAAAUAAACCAUUACUUGUCUUCUGUC